AUGAAUAUACCGGCACUUGACUAUCUUGAGGUAGCCGAUCGAUUGCCUGUACAUUUCGAAUUUGGGCAACUAACAUCCUUAUUUGAAGCAAAUAUUAAUCUUUUUGAGGAUGUCGUACAAGAAGACUAUUUUCUUUAUUCUCGAUCGCUGCUGGAAUUUAUUGAUACACUUUGCAACGUCAAGUGCCUAAAAUUAGAUUUAUCAUUUCGUAAAGGGUUCCUCGAAAGGGCUGAUAAUCUUGAAACCGUAAUCUUCUAUGAGUAUGGUUGUGAAGAAAUAGAAGGAUGGAAGGAACCGCCACAACAAGUGCCCAAGUGUCUGCUAUCGCGUCUUAAAAUUAUAAAAAUUGCUACAAUUGAAGGUGAAAAGCACGAGUUUGAGAUUAUAAGAUAUCUUAUAAGGAAUGCUAAAGUCUUGGAGACGAUUGAAUUAGCACAUGGCUCGUGCAUUGGUUUCAAGAAAAAGUUCAAUAUGGUCUACGGCAUGUGA